AUGCGCAACACGAAGGGUGUCAAGCCGCUGUUGGACCUUCUACAGAGGCACAACAUCCCACGCUGGCCAAUCGUGCAAGGCCGUGUGGCCGACGAUGUAAUGACCACACUCGGCCAUUUCAUACGAGAAGUAGGACUCAACGCAAUUUUGUCCGUGCGCGUGGGCAUCGACCAGAUGGACAAUCAGAAGCACAUUAUUUACAUUGGGCAACCGGACUUUGGCGUGGAACGCAGUGUGCUCAGGGGGCAGUUCAAGAGCCCCUACUUCCGCAUCCUGCACCGGUACAAAGUGUACAUGUACCGUACGGCGCUCAUCCUUGGAGCCACGGUUGCCGCUGCCGAUCUCGUCAACGAAAUCGUCGCUUUCGAGGGACGCCUUGCCGCUGCUGUGCCAGCUCCAGUGUCCAAUCCGACGAAGACAUUCCGAACGAUAUCCCUGGAGUCACUUGAGACUGCCCUGCCAUUGGUCAAGUGGACUUUGUUUCUGAACAAUAUUCUCAAGGACACACAGCUAACCCUAGACCUGAAUGACAAGGUUGUGGUGACCGACCAGGAGUACCUGCGAAGAAUGUCGCUCGUCCUCAAGGAAGAGCCGCCGUACGUCGUGGUUAACUACAUCGCGUGGCGCGUGGUACAGCUGUUGGGACCACUAUCCAUUGACAGGCUAAGGUACGCUCAAUUUCGCUUUGACCGGUAUCGCUACUCGCUCGUCCAGAUCCAGCCGCUUUCACGGCAGUGCUUCGACCUCACCUUCAGAUAUAUGCGCUUCGUCAUAGGGCGCAUCAUCUAUGACCGCGACACACAGCGCCCCAUUGAACGACAUGCCAAGAUGCAGGAGAUCGCCGAUGAAGUAAAAGAGGCGUUCGCUAUCCUUCUUGAUCUUGUGGACUGGAUGAGCUCCGCCAACAAGAACGCUGCCAUUUACAAGCUUCGGGAAAUGAAGAUUAACGCUGGUUUCCCGCUCUGGAUCAGGAGUGACACGGAGCUCAACGAAUACUAUUCAUCGAUACCAGACCUCAGGAAGGAGGAGUUCUUCGUGUCGGCGCUCCAGGUCAUCAAGGCAUACGUAACCACCGAGCUUCGAAAGCUCAAGUUCAUUGGCUACAGGAAUGAUUUCGGGUGGGUUCAACUACAACCACAAGAGGACCCGGUGUAUCAAUAUCUGGGCAACUUUAUCCGUAAGCACUUCGCUUAGGCUUAACGAGCACCGUUGUGCAGGCUACUUGUUAAAGAUAUU